CGCGUCGGCACCGGACAGCUAUCUCACUGGACGUCGUGGCGAGUUCCUCGAGGGCGUGGCCGCCGCUUUGGUUGUUUUCUGGGGCGUCGCCGUCUUGGUUGCGCCGCCAUGGCUGAUAUCGCUACCGGGCCAUCUCUCUACGACCUCCUCGCCGAAGCCCUCCCCAACGACGCCGCAUUCACCUUCUACCACUACUCCACCCCGCCGACCAAGUCACCCCCGCUGUUUGCAGCCCCGCCGCAUGCGAAGCCCGAGCGAACCUACUGCGAAUCGCACACCCUCGCUGCUUCCAUCCAUCCAAUCGCCUCUCCCGGCGCAGCAGCGUCUGAUGAGAUCCUGGUGCUCGCCAUUGAGGUCUUAGUCUACACUACGAAACAUCUCACCACCAUAUUCGUCUCAAAAGCCGACUCCACAGGCUAUCUCUCGCUGCUCGGAACUGGUCGAGCGCAGGGUGGAUCGCCGCUGAAGGCAAUAUGCGGGACAUUCGUAUCAUGGCUGGCAAAGGAGCGUCAAAGAGAGGGUAGGAGGACGGUCGUGUCGCUCUUUGCGAGGGCGCAAGAUCAGUAUCUGUUUCCGGCAAGCAUAGAAAACAAGGAAAAGCAUGUUCUUGAUGACAAGGAGCUGGUGCGGUGGUGGUGCAAGGUACUUGACCCGCUCGUGAAGCAGUACAAGGAAGAGGAGGCAAAAUCGCUCAGUGAGCGGCUGUCUGCGGCAGAUGGUCCUCUCGCGUCGUCUGCAGACUUCACCGCCAAGGGGUACCUGGUAAUCCCGGGCUUCGAGCCCAACGAUACCCUUCGCUACUACACGCCACCACCUGCACCCAAUGCGCCGCGUCGUUGGGCUGCCUCACAUCCGCUGCUUCAGAUUGCGCCUUAUCCAGCCGCGCCGCCUCGCUGUUUGGUUCCCCACUUCCCAGACGACCCCAAGGCACGCUUCCUGGAUGAGCUAGACGAUGAGCUCCCUGAUCGAGGCACCGAUGCCAUGACCAAAGAGGGUGGCACCCCUUCUCGAAGCAACGGCCAAUGGAAAAGUGUCAAGACUCUGGAUCAGUUCUGGGAGUUCAUGGCCUUCAGGCAGGAGUGUUCAGCUGGCCGAAUAGUGGGGUUCAUAUGGGUAGUAAUAACCCCGCCGAAGCCUUCCAUCCCGGAGGAAGAUGAGAACGAGCCAUCACAAUCACAACUUUCAUCCUUCUCCCAAGAGACAUUGCUUCCUUCACCACCGUCCAAGCCAAAGAAGAAAACCCCAAAGAAGUCGAGGCGGCGGAAAGUCAACACGGAACAUGGACCUAUACCGCUUGUUCUCCCGAAAAUCAAGUCCUCUUCGUCAAACGUCUCGACCGUGUCGACCGGUUCUACGGGCGCAGCAGCGACGACGGCUCCCGAAAUGACUGCGUACUACUGGUGGCCUGCGAACUCGCGGGGCACUGUAGUGUUCUCGUUGAAGAACUACAACAGAGCGCAUGAAGUGCUCCUGCAACAAAACUUCUCCACCCGUGCCGCGGCAACCAGGAGUACCCGGCGAUGGAAAGAGGAGGUUGCAGUCUUGGGACGCAUCGAUGAGUGGAGUAAGACGGUAGUAGGGCGCAGGAAGCCGGCAAGUGCCACCGCUGUACCUGCCAACGGCGCACCCGUCACUCUCGUCGCAACAAGGAAGAGAAAGCCGACAGACGCUAGUGUCCCGGGUCAAAGCUCGCAAGGAGCGGCGAUGUUGGGGGAGGGAUUGGUGCGCAAGAAGCCGAAGGUCGAAGCCGGCGUCACGGAUGGUGCGAACACGCUGGGUGCAGGCCUAGUGCGGAAGAAGCCCAAGAAAUGAUCUGUGUUUGACGGUCGGGAUUUGGAGUAUUGCUUGGUUUUAAUAGGGGCUUUCUUUUCUCACUAACCUGGCUUGCGAUCUUAGGGAUUAUUUCUUCGCGUUGAGCUUGGACUCUUUUACUUCUUUGGGGGUGUCCAGACGCAUCUUGAGGUGCAUGGGAAGGGUUCCUGCCUUAUAUCUUUGUAUUAGUAUCGAAGUCGCCGCAAGCUUCGAAUUAUGUAUACGAGACAACAUGGCUCAGCAGGCGCGUCCUGCCUUGUGAGCUGAAACCGCAGAGGCUCAUAAUUU